AUUUUUAGCGAAAAUUCACAGUUUAGUUGCGGACUUCAUUGUAUUAAAAACUAAUUGCGGAAUCAAUUGAAAAAUUAUUGAUAAUAUUUUUAAAUUCGUUGUACUUUUGCUGGCAUUAAUUGCGUAUAACAAACCAAAUGGCACCUCAUUGGGAUGAACCACAUCAUCAUCACCACCAUCAUCACAACCGUCCUAUUAUUGAAGUAGAUAUCGUGAGUCCUUCUGCUCGUCCUCCACCACCACCUCGUGUAACUACAGAAGUAAUUAUUGCUCCACAACAAAGACCAACAGAAAUUGUAUAUGUGGCACCACCUCAGCCACGUCCACCACCACCACGAGAAGUUGUUGUUGUAUCUCAAGGAUAUCAACCACCUCCAGAACAUUGGGAUAAUCGUCCUCGUUGGUAAUCAAUAUAUUGGAGAAAACGUUCUUCCAAAUUUUUAACAAUUAAAAAAAAAUAAAAAAAUAAAUUUAAAUUAGCAAAACUGAUAUUUAACAAAAUAAUUUAGGAUUUAAAAUAAUAUUUUUAUAAUAAUUUUUAGCUAACAUUCGAGAGAAAAGUUAUAAAUAACAUAAUCUAAUCGGUUUUAAAAUUAUAUAGAUUUAAAAAUAUCGUUUCUAUAAAAAAUAAUCCACUAUAGCUUGAAAACAUCUAAUUAUAUGCAAACAUUAUCUAUCUAUAUAUAUAAAAUUCAA